ACAGAAGAAACCCCACCCAUUCCCGGUCUUAUUUCACACGCCUCAGGAACCAUCCCCCGUCUCUCUCACUCGCGUCACUCUCCCUCUAUCCCUCUCUCGGCGACCGCGAGGGGGAAAGGUUCGAUGGCGAUCCUCCCGUUUCCCCGAGCUUUGAUCCCGCUGCUCCUGCUGCUCGCGGCCGCCGCCUCCCCGCCGCCGGUGAUGGCGUCGAGGGCCGCCGUCCGGGACGGCACCUCCUGCACAAUGUGCGCCUCCUGCGACAACCCUUGCCAGCCCGCUCCUCCUCCUCCGCCGCCGUCACCGUCCACCGCCGAGUGCCCUCCGCCGCCGUCGUCCACGCCCGGCACGUUCUACUACUACUCCCCUCCGCCGCCGUACGUCUACACCUCACCUGCCCCCCCUUCCGGCGGAGGCUAUUACUACCCUCCGCCGACCAACGUCUACUAUAAGGCGCCGCCGCCACCAAAUCCCUUCCUACCCUACUUCCCCUUUUACUAUUACAGCCCUCCCCUUCCCUCAAAUUACUACUCCGGUGCCGUCCCCUUCCAAAAUCCCUCAUCCCCCUUCCUCUUCUCUUCCAUUCUCCUCUUCGUCUUCCUCCUGUAGGAGUACUCUUCCACAAAUACCCCCAAAAUGCCCCUCGCGCUCAGAUCAACACACGAUCUCCAUCUGCAGCAGUAAUUCUCGAUUUCCAGAUAUGUACUCUGUUGACACAAUCUGUAAUUUAGUCAUAUUAUAGUUCAAUUUUUACUGUAAUAA